AUGGCCGUAAAAAGAUGUGUUUGCAUUGGAUAUAGCCAUGUUAUCGGGUUUUUAAGCCGUGAUGACCUGCCGUUCUCAUUCCAAAAAAUUUCAAUCAUGGAACGUCUCUUCUUCGCUCUCGCCAUCAUUGGGUUUACCCUGGCCUGUCAACCCGUGCCACCACCAUCAACAAAUACCACUUCCAACAACACAUCAUCACCAACAGGAGGCAACAAAACAACAGGGACCCUAACAGCGGAUAUCACGCUACUCACUACCGUUGACUAUGACUCUGGUACGGUCCAGCACUACAUGAGCCUCUUCCCAGGGACCGAUAUCGAGAAGUAUGCUGAGAGUUUCGGACAAUUCGGUAAUCUGGCCCCGGCAGACGUUGACGGCAAUUUCGCCUAUAACUUCACGAUCUCUCGCAUUUCACAAGCUGGCUGCGAACAGACAACAACAACUACUACUACCACUACCGGAAUUCCAGCGAGUACAUCACCAUCAAAGGGAGGCGACAACACAACAGAGUUCCAAACAGUGCAAGUCUUUAUAGGAACUACACUCAUCUUCAACGCAAACAAGACUCAGCAGUACCUGAAACUCUUCCGAGACGCACAAAUAGAGCAGGAGGCUCAGCGUAUCGGACAAUUCGGUAAUCUGAACGUUACUCAAGUAGAAACCAAUGUCCUUUAUAUUUUCACGAUUUCGCACACUCACUGUGACGAGGCACAGCAAUGGAUUAAGCAAGUAUGGAUGAAGCUGAAAAGUUCGCCGGACUUUACACAACCGGGAGUGGAGUGUGCGCCGGAAUCCACGGCAGCAGAAAUAGUUUCCACAGCAACUGCCACAACCACAGAAUCAAAGACAACAACAACAGAAGCGGUUACAACUACGUCGGCACUACAAUAG